AUGAGUUCAACGGUGGAUGCUGCUGUAAGGAAAGGCUCUGUUGUCUUAACAAGGACGGAAAGUAUAACCGAAUACAAAAACAAGGGUGGACAACCUAGAUCUGGUACUCAAGGACAAUCUGACACUCCAGUGUCAGCUAAUGACAUGUGUGCCCUGGAUGAAUGGCCAUCCCAUGCUCGCCGCUAUCGUGCGCAACUACAGGAUGAAGCAGAUGGACAGAAGAAGAAGAAAGGGCGAGGUAUUGUAAAAGGUGUUAAAGCAGCUCAGAAGCGUUUUGCCAGCGGAUCUGCGAAGCUAAAUAUUACAUUCUCUGAAACGUUGGGUGGUACGAUAGGAAUGAACUAUCGCUCAUUCAAGGAUGACGUGGUAGUGAUAAUGAAAAGGAAGGUACCACUCAUUGGGGUGAGGAGGUGGUCCGACAUUCACCCAAGUGUGCAUCGACUCAUUGUCGCAGAUGUGAUAGACAGAUGGGACCUAGAAGAUACACCGGAAACUGAAGAGAAAAUUCUCAGAAUUGCGCAAGAGCGAUAUAGAGGCUGGCGAUCGACUCUAAGCUCCACUUACAAGGCAUUCAAAACAGAUGAUGCUAGAUUGGCUAAUGUUCCGGAAGAUUUAGAACCAGAAGAGUGGGAAUGGAUGAUCAACUACUUCGGCAAUGAUGAAAAAUUCCAGGCACGCAGCCAAAUGAACUCCGAUAAUCGCAAGAAACAGAAGACAAAACAUAGAGUUGGAUCAAAAUCGUACGCCCAACUAAGUUUUGAGAAGAGAAACUUGGAAACUGGAGAAGAGCCGGAUUGUGUUGCUCUAUGGGAACUCACACACACGAAGAAUGGAACAUGGUCUAACCCAGAGUCCCAGGAAGUUUAUGACAAAGCACGUGAAGCGGUGCAGAACAAAGAAACUGAAACAAAAGGUCCACUAUCAAGCGAGCGAGAGAAACAAUGUUUUUCGGACUGCAUAUAA